GUCCCGGAUGCAGCGCCAUCUUGCGGGCCUUGCUCCGCGCGUCUCUUCCGUCUCUUGCGAGCGGCCAAAGCUCGCCGAGCCGCACGACGAUUCGGAUAUACACACGGCGAGAGAGCGCGCGAGGCCCGGUCGCCCCCCAGGUCAGUGCGCGUGCGCGCGGACCCAUCUCUACGCGAGCGAGGAGUGAACCCGGUCGCCAUGUUUAGCAGUGCCGUGCCGUGUGUCCUUGAGUGAGUGCGAGUGAGUGUGCGCGAGUGCGAGGAAGACGGAGCGAGAAGACGCCGGUGGCGCCACGCCGCAGACAUCGGACACACGAACGAAAUAAUAAGCGAGACCUGCGAGAGCCACGUUCGGGGCGCGGGCAGCUGUCGCGCGGCGCACGGACUGUGCGAAAUAAUCUCGAGAGGGAGAGAGAGCGCGCGCGCGCGCAGCAGCAGCAGUGGAUGCGCGGCGAAAUGCCCUCCGAGGCCCAGCAGCUCCGACGAGCAGCCUCAUCGAAAUAAGCGCCGUCGGGCGCGGCUUAUCGGUGACCGCCACUCAGCUUGCGGCAUCCAUUUCGUGACCGACUGCGUCCGUCUCUCUCGCUCUCAUUCAUUCUCGCUCGCUCCCUGCACGAGAGGGAUCGCGGAGGGCCACACAGACAUACACAGUAUAGACACACACAGAGACACACCGGGACCGCGAGCUCUCCUCCGCGCGUGCAGUGCGUGCACGGAUGGCUCGCCGUCGCGGAGUUUCGCUGAUUACGCUCCGGUAAGUCUGCAAAAGAGCCGAGUCCCUAGCUCUCUUUCUCUCUCUCACUCCGGCCUCUCCCUCCCUGCAUCACUCUGUCUUUCUCUGGUUCGCACGCGCUGUAUAGCACACACGCGCAACGGAGCCCCAAUAUGGCCGACGGGAAAUUUCCUUUGUGCGAAGCGAGGCCUGCUGCAGUCUAGUGCAGAGUUGCAGCCUAGUCGGGGCCCCGUGGAUACAUACACGCUUCGGAGUCCGACGGCGCCCCUGCCUCUGCGUCUUGUGUAUAGAGCCCCGGUGCACGACUCCGUAACUCCUCCUCUGUGUCAUGUGUGAUGAGUGAUAAGCAAGGUGCGCCUACUUUGCCGCCCCUUACUGGGGGUGGAGGAAAUAAUGGGGGAAGCAAUGGAGGUGCACCACAGCAAACAGUCAGUUUGCAACAGGUUUUUGCCAAUGUCCUUAACUCAGCUAAUGUACAACAGUUUGUCCUUGCCUCUCCUGGCCUCACACAGGUCAUACCCAGCAGCGGCACGACGAGCCAGCCAAUCGGCGUUACGCGUAUCGUCAACCUGUCUGGCACGAAUCCGCGCGUCAGCGUCGUUAACGUCACAGGUGCGAGCGGUAGCACCGGUACUGGCACAGGGACGGCGCUCACAUCACCCAGCCGUCAGAAUACAAAACUUGUGUUGACGACGUCGCCCAAACUCGUGCGCACCUCCAUUGCCAACAUGUUUGUUACGCCGACGACGCAAGCGUCGGUGCAGUCGACACCCGCUAAGAAAAAGCGGCUUUCCGAAGGUGGUGAGCGGCCCACAUCCGUCGAGACGAGCGACGCGAUGGGCUACCGACGCCGCAUAAUAGAGCAUAAGCUCAAGCGGAUGCGUGCUGUCCGCGAUAAAUACAACGACAACGUAUCCGAGCUGUUCUUCCUCCAGAAUGGCGGUAAUCUCAUGGACUACUACGCCUGGAGGAAGAGGCCGCCCACUGCACAGUACCUGCAAUUCAUGAAACAACAGAGGCUGGAGCAGGAGGACGGCGAGCUCGAGACACUCGGCCAGAUUGCUGCACCGGUCGAGAACACAGCCGCGACCGUCAGUACUGCUGCGCCAACGACGAAUACGGCCAGCACGACGACCGCAGCUGCCACCGCUACUACCACCACUUGCACCACGACUACUGUCGUCACAACGACGACAACGCCGGUGGCAGUAAUGACGACAACAGCUACCACGAAUGCGACGACGACGACGACGACGCAGAGCACGGAAGUCGCGGUUUCUGGUGGUACGCCCGUUGCAGUCUCGACGACCCUGCCUCCUGCUGUGGCACAACUUAGUCAACAAGGUGGAAAGCCAAUUGUUAUAGAAUCUACAAAGUCCAAUUCAACGCCAACAAUCAAUCCUGUAGCAGAAAAAGCAUUAGCAGCCAAUCCAGUUGAAAAACCUGCCACUCCACCAUUAACAUCUGGUCAACCUAUAGUCAAACUUGUAAAAUUACCUGCUUCUACGAUAGCAUCUUCCUGUGAUAAUGUUAGUAAUCAAGAACAAAUUGUAGAGAAAGCAAAACAGGAGGCUUAUGUAAUGCAAAGGAUUGCGGAAUUGCAACGAGAGGGAUUAUGGUCAGAACGAAGGUUACCGAAAGUUCAAGAACCUACAAGACCAAAAGCUCAUUGGGAUUAUUUACUAGAAGAAAUGGUUUGGUUAUCUACAGAUUUUGCUCAAGAGAGAAAAUGGAAAAAAUCAGCAGCAAAAAAGUGUGCGCGAAUGGUCCAGAAAUAUUUUCAAGAAAAGGCUAUACAAGCCCAAAAAGCAGAGAAAUUGGAAGAACUUCGUUUGAAGAAAAUCGCAGGUUUUAUCGCGAAAGAAAUUAAAACUUUUUGGGCUAAUGUCGAAAAGUUGGUGGAGUAUAAACAACAAACACGAUUAGAAGAGAAAAGGAAAAAAGCUUUAGAUCAACAUUUGAAUUUCAUAGUUGAUCAAACUGAAAAAUAUUCAUCGUGGUUAACUGAAGGUUUGAACAAACCUGAAGGAACGCAAAGCACGCCUGCAUCAAUCCAUAGUUCUAGAAUAUCUUCACCAAUCACAUCUGGAAAGCACUCUGAUGAUGACUUCAAACCAAACCAGGAUUCAGACGAUGAUGAAGAAACUAUAGCAAAAGCUGAAGAAGAAAUGAAAUCAAACCAUAAAGAAGAAGUAGAGCUUUUAAAAAAAGAGUCGGAACUUCCAUUGGAAGACAUACUUAAAGAAUUACCUCCGAACUACUUGGAAGAAAGAGAUAAAAGUUUAUCUCCUUUGCCUAAAGAAGCCGAGGUAGAGGAAAGUGAUAAUGUCGAGGAAGGUAAAGACACGGAAUUCACUGUAGCGUCAGAUCAAUCCACAGACGAUGAAGAAGACACAAUUCAAGAACAAGAAAAGUUGGAGAAAAACGUUGAUCAUAAACAAGAGCUUGAUGACCUGAUGGCUGAAAAUGAAAUGUCCAUUGAUGAGUUGAGGGCUAAAUAUGCUAAUGCUGUAGAUACUCCAAUGGACGUCGACGAAACGGAUGAAGAAUCUGAUAAAGAGGAAGAAGAAGAGCAAGAGUCUGAAUCAGAAAAUGAAACCGAAAAUGAAAGUGAAGAUGAGACGCAAGACGAUUCUCAGACGCAAAGUGAUGAAGAACCUGCUGUUGGUUUGAAAUCAUUACUUGAAGAUUUGUCGGAUGAAAAUAAGAGUAUGAACGAAGCUGCGGAAAAACAGAGUGAAAUGGAUUCUGUUGCAGCUUUAGCAGAAAGUAUACAGCCUAAAGGAAAUACGUUACUUACUACAAGCGUUGUUACAAAAAUUCCGUUUUUACUAAAACACAAUCUACGAGAAUAUCAGCAUAUUGGUUUAGAUUGGCUCGUUACGAUGUUCGAGCGGAAAUUGAAUGGUAUUCUUGCUGACGAAAUGGGUUUGGGCAAAACCAUUCAAACGAUUGCUCUUUUAGCGCAUUUAGCGUGUGAAAAAGGAAAUUGGGGUCCUCAUUUAAUUAUUGUACCAACGUCUGUGAUGCUUAACUGGGAAAUGGAGUGUAAAAAAUGGUGCCCUGGUUUUAAAAUUUUAACAUAUUAUGGAACACAGAAAGAAAGAAAACAAAAAAGGACAGGAUGGACAAAACCUAAUGCAUUUCAUAUCUGUAUUACGUCGUAUAAACUUGUGAUCCAAGAUCAUCAAAGCUUUAGGAGAAAAAAGUGGAAGUAUCUCAUUUUAGAUGAAGCUCAAAACAUUAAGAAUUUCAAAUCGCAGCGCUGGCAACUGUUGUUAAAUUUCCAAACGCAAAGACGAUUGUUACUCACAGGAACGCCACUCCAAAAUAAUUUAAUGGAAUUAUGGUCCCUCAUGCAUUUUCUGAUGCCAAACGUUUUUCAAUCGCAUCGAGAAUUCAAAGAAUGGUUUAGCAACCCGGUCACUGGUAUGAUUGAAGGAAACAAUGAAUACAACGAAAAUAUUAUCCGCCGUCUUCACAAGGUUUUGCGCCCAUUCCUUUUGAGAAGGUUAAAGUGUGAAGUAGAGAAACAACUACCAAAGAAAUACGAGCACGUAAUCAUGUGCCGACUAUCAAAACGGCAGAGGUAUCUUUACGAUGACUUUAUGUCUAGGGCAAAGACAAAGGAAACCUUAGCUAGCGGAAAUUUGCUGAGUGUAAUAAAUGUUCUAAUGCAACUACGUAAAGUUUGCAAUCAUCCUAAUCUAUUUGAGGUGCGACCGACAGUUUCGCCAUUUCAAAUGGAGGGAAUUGAUUUUCACACUGCGUCGUUGGCAUGGAGCGCUCUUGACUAUGACCCUUUCAAGCAUAUCGAUUUAUCCUGCUUGAAUCUCUUAUUAGUUGAUUUGGAAUUCGUUAUGACUGCGUUUGUAGCUCACAGAGUUAGAAAAUUAAAAACACCAAGAAAGCUCAUCGAAGAAAUUGAUAGCCAACCAGAGUCGCCUCCGCGGUGUCCAUCAGGAAAAAUAAAAAUUAAUGUUAGAUUAUCUAAUCAAGUAUCAAAAUCUACUGCUUCUACACAACAAAGUCAGCAGCAAAUAAAGAUCAAAAGUUUUCCUGGUAUUUUACCAACGCCAAGAGUGGGUACCUCACCGUUAGUUAAAAGUGUUAACAGCCAAACCCCAACUGGACAAGGUGUAACUUUGAAAGUUGCUGGUGGUCAACCACUACAAGGUUUUCUGCAAUUGGUACCGCAUCAAGGUGGUGUCAAAGCUAUCCCAAUGGGUACUGUUGGGCAAAACAUUUCAAGUACAGCAACAGUUACGACUACCACAUCAGGUAUUAAUACUCAAAGAAUAACAGUUGCUAACGCGAAUACUAAAGAUGGGCCACAAAGAUUAACGACGCAAACUUAUGCAUUCAAACAUGGCGAUUCCGUCCAAAAAUAUGUUCCUAGUUUUGCUCAGUUAGUACAGACAUCAACCGGCAGACAUAUCAUCCUUACUAAUCCUAAUCAACAAACGACAAAUGCUCUAUCUUUCCCAGUUAUGACGUCAACUGGCCAGAGGUUAACAGUUCUUUCGAAGCCUGUACAAGUCAACAAAGUCAUCGGUAACGUGGUUACGUCGCAGGCCGGAGGAACUAGCGUAACAAGUUUGAAACCUGUCAUGAGAGUUCCCCCUCUCAACGUAAGCAAUUUACAAUCGGCUGGGCAGAUACAACCAACACAAAUUCGAUGUGGCGUGGUCACAAGAACUAUUCAAAAGGAUACGGAAAAAAGUCAAGUGAAAGAAGUACCCAAAUCUGAAUUUCACCUGCCUCAAUUGGAAAAAACUAGGCGACAGAGACGACAAGAUAAGCUUGCAACUUUGGCUGACAUAAACGAGCGAAGAUGUGCAGCUUGUCCUCUGUACGGCGAGGAUCUUUUUACAGCUCUGAGGAUUAGUAAGCCAGCGACGGGUUGCCAAUGGCACAGCGGAUGGCUUCAUUGUGUUGGUAAAAACAAUUCUACGCGCACGAGACGCCAAUAUUUCUCACAUACUGAAGCUCUGGCCGAGGCUAUUCGUUCAACAGAACAAAUUGUGGAAGAACUCAAGUCAGUCUUUGACAGAUUUGUGGUGUACGUUCCUGCAGUGCGUGCACCCUUGCCUCGUUUCCAUGUGUCUCAUCCACCACCGCAUAAACUUUGGAAAGAGCAGCGAAUGGAAAUGGACUUGCAGCGUCAGUUGUCUCCAAAAGUAGCUCUUUUCCAUCCGAUCACGAGUGCUAUGAUCACUCAGUUCCCCGACCCCAGACUUAUACAGUAUGAUUGCGGAAAGUUGCAAUCACUCGACCUCCUGCUUAGAGAUCUGAAGUAUAACGGUCACAGAGUUCUUAUUUUUACGCAAAUGACCAGGAUGCUCGAUGUACUGGAGGCUUUUCUCAAUUAUCAUGGUUACAUAUACCUACGUCUCGAUGGUGCUACCAAAGUUGAUCAGCGACAGGUUUUAAUGGAAAGGUUCAACAAUGACAAAAGAAUAUUCUGCUUCAUUUUGUCAACAAGAUCUGGUGGUGUUGGUGUUAAUCUAACGGGAGCAGACACUGUUGUAUUUUACGAUAGUGACUGGAAUCCAACCAUGGAUGCUCAAGCCCAGGACAGAUGUCACAGAAUCGGACAGACGAGAGAUGUACAUAUUUACAGAUUGAUAAGCGAAAGAACAGUGGAAGAAAACAUUUUGAAGAAAGCAAAUCAAAAAAGGUUGCUUGGAGAUCUUGCUAUUGAAGGUGGCAACUUUACCACUGCCUAUUUCAAAAGUUCCACAAUUCAAGAUCUGUUUGACGUUGAUCAGUCUGAGACCGAUGCUUCAGCGCGAAUGGCUGAAGUGUUGGAUCAAAAUAAGGAUAGAGAAAAGCAUCUACAGAAAGAGACGAUACAGCCAGAGGAUAAAGCGAUGAUCGGUGCACUAGAAAGUGCUCUUGCUGCAGUUGAAGAAGAUCAAGACGUACAAGCUGCAAAAACUGCAAAAGCCGAAGCUGUGGCUGAUUUGGCAGAAUUUGACGAGAAUAUUCCUGUCGAAGAUGCAGAUAACGACGAUGCAGGAGUCAGUAAAGCUGAAAUGGAAGUGCAAAACAUUGUAUCUCAGCUUACACCCGUGGAGCGCUACGCCAUGCGCUUCGUAGAAGAGUCAGAUGGAAACUUCUCAGCGGCUCAGCUUGCAGCAGCGGAGCGCGAACUUGAGGAGCAGAAAAAGGAAUGGGAACGAGGUCGACUACGGGCCAUGCGUGAGGAAGAAGAGCGCCAGAUGCGCAUGACGGACGACGACGAGAACCCGCUCACGUUCACGCGCGAGGACGCUCAGAAUCAGGUUAAUAACAGCACUAGCAAUUCUAGGCGCGCAUCAAGUAAUAAGAAGCCAACGAGGCAAGUUAGGCGCGGCAGAGGUAGGCGGGUGGUUGUAGGGCGCGUCAGUCGUAGGUCGAAUCGGAGUAUAGAGCAGGAAGAAACAUCAGAAUCCGAGUCAGAGACGACUUCGAUGUCGGAAACUGACUCGGAGAAUGAUGUCAAUCAUGUCCCGAAGAGAGGUAAUAGCACCGAUGAAGAAAAGAAUAGGUCUAGCAAGGUAAGCAGCUCUGACGAGGAAAAUGACGAAAACAAUGAGGAUGAGGACGAAGACGAUGAAGAAGAAAACGAGGAGGAUGAAGAUGAUGAGAGUACGAUUCAAUCAGGAAGGGUGCAAACUAGCCUGAGAAAUAGGGUGCUUAGUCUGUCGAAAAAGAACCAUUUCGAUAUUAACAGUCCUAGAACGAGAUCCAGUGGUGAUGUCAAGAUUAAUCUUUGGACUUUAGACGAAAGUCCAAUAUUACCAGAAAGCAAACCAAGAAAAAGAAAAAGGUCUAAAUACAAUAAGUCGCUUGAUAAGUCUGACGAAAACUUGACCGUUCCGUCACUACUGGAUCCAGAUUCGAAAACAAGAACAGUUUCGGAAUCGCUUGAUGAUAUAUCUAAGACAAUGGAUGUUUCUAUAAAUUCAAGUGCUGACGAAAGUAUAUGUGAUGAAGAAGACCUUAAUGACACGGAAUUGACCAGUACGCCGAGAGUUAAAACUACAAGACGAGCAGUACCAAAAGCUAUCAUCCGAACCAACUUAAGGUCAUCUGAAAAAGAAAGUAGCGCUUCUAGUGAUAUGCUUCAAUUACCUACGGUUGAGUCAAAAUUAAUGAGUAUCAAGGCAACGGAUACGGAACUGAAAGUAAGCGGCCUGGAUACGCCAAGCAAUGAAUCUAAAACAGCUAGCUCGACUCCCCAUAGGUCACCUGGUAGACCGCGAAAGACUUCUCAGUCGGUACCGGUGACUCCACUCACAUCUGAACCGCAUGUCAUUGCAACGUAUUCUACUAGAUCUAGUAAUAAAUUGUCCAUAGCGCGUCCUUUACAAGAUAAGCGGACAGUACCGCCAAUCAAAAUAAAUUGUAAAGGUGACCCGGUAAUCUGUGAUAUUAAUAAUACUUCUAAUGCCCAAAACGAAGCAAAAGAAGCGAGUCAAAAGAGCACUGCUGCUGUCACUACUAGUACUACUACUGCAUCACCUAUUAAGGAUGCAUCAGUACGGCCUAAUAAAACAGCAGAUAGUAGUGCAAUGAGUAUAGACAACGAGGAGACGGUAACAACAGAUAGCAAUGAAAAGUCAACCGAUAUUACACUAUCUGAAGAACAAGCAUCGAGCAAAACGAAUACAGAAAAAAUCAGUUUAGAGUCUGAAAAUCAGUCAGAUAUUCGAUCACCCAGUCCAAUUCUUAGCGUAAGAAAAGUUAAAGGGAGACGAUCUUAUUCACGAAAUCGCACAGAUUUAAAGGAUAAAAAACCAUCCUUGUCGGUUACUCCUGACGAUUUGGAAACGGCAGCGAUAAAACCGAUUGAUAAUUCAAAAAAUACAGAUGCACCAGAAUUGGUUCCAACAACAAUGGAGGUCGAUCAUUCUCCAUCACUCAAGGCUACCGAUGAUGCUGUGUUAUCCACAAACAAAAACGUCACUCCUCAUAGAUCUAGUCCACCUCUAAGGCCUACGAAAAUUACACGCUCUGCAGUUAAGUCUAUCACAGAUUCGACAGAAAAUCCUGUAAUUUCCAAAAAUGAAACAGAAGCAAAAACUAAGGACACGGUACUAGUACUAGAAGAAAAACCUGAUGAAUGUAAGCAUUCAGAAAAAGGUAAAAGUUCUGACACUGCAUCUUCCUUGCCAGUUGCUACAGGUACUAAUACGGACAUAACUGAAACUUCGAAGAAAGACAAAAAUCAGGCUCAUCAGGUUAAAGGGAAAUUGACCCGAUCAUCCACGCGUUCAAUAACUGAAGUCAAAUCAAAAGAGAAAACUGAUGGCAUAUCUGUGGUUACUUCUGAACAGGCUAAGCCCAAUGCUGAAAAAUGUAGAGACUUAGAAACCACGAUUUCAAUGCCAAUGGUUGAUUCUAAAAUAAAUCCGACACAAAAGAGUGGAGGCGAAGAAGAGCAAUUACAAGUUCCUGUAAAGCUAACUCGAUCAAUUGCACGAUCAAUGUGCGAAUCUCAAUUGAAAGUCUCUAAGGUAUCUUCCACUGCAGACAUUGUUGUUGUAGAUCAGACAAAGACAAUAGUUGAAAAGUCAAAGACUGAAGAAAGUAUGACUAUAGCAGAGAAAGAAGCAAUCGUCGAAGCUGCUUCGAAUCAGUCGAAGAUACCGGAAAAAGAAAAAAGUCUAGAAGCGGAAAAUGUUACAACAACAGUAUCUAAAGAGGAAAAAGAUCCAAAAGUUAUAAAAGAUAUUGUUGUAGCUAAAACAAUACAAGAACAACAAUGUAUAACAUCUGCUCAAGAUUCAAAAGAUCCAGCACUUGUAGACUCGCCCGUGCCUGUGUCGUUGGAGCCAAAGACCAAGGCGUCGAAGUCUGAGACGCCGGUUGUUGGAGUAACAACCAGGCGUUCUCGUGCCAAUCACAACGUUGAUGUUGCUUCAGAGACAUCAACUGUAGCUGCUGUGUCUACUGUCACCAACGAAAAGGUAAUUUUGAGUAAAAAAGCAGAUGAGACACAAAAUAAAACUCUUUCUGUGACGGAAUCACAGAUGGAAAAAUCUACGAAUCAAAAUGCUGAUGCAUCCUUUGAACAGCCAAAACUUACAAAAUCAAAUAUGCAAGUACCUAAUCCUAUGUGCAGGCGUUUCCACAGUCCGACAAAAGUAGCGGCUCUUAGACGUAGACCCGACACUCCUAUGCCUACAUUUUAUUCUAUCCGUCCCGUCACUCGAUCCUUAUCCAACAACAGUAACAGUAGCAGCUCAGAUGGUGAAGGAGGUUCGUCUAGUACCUCAAAUCAGCAAAAACUCAGUCCACGUGGUUCCAGAACUUCGCUUGAUAACGGUUUUGUGGUUCCUUCAUCACCUCCUUUAACUGUGCGUCGCAGUCGAUCUACAACUUAUGUAAAAAUGUCCGAACGAUUAGCGAUGGAACGAAAUGAACUCGCGAUACGUGGACAUAACAUCAGAGAUGUGGCAUCCGGAGAAAGUCUAACUAUUAAACAAGUCUUUAAAAGAAGGCCAGGGACGCCACUGCCCACACCUGAACUACUCACCAGGGCUUCCAGAGCCAAUAUGGACAGCAUGUACAUGCAAUCACCCAGAUUGCUGCCACCCGUUCCCAAACUCAAACCCAUACGUAGAGCUUCUGCUUUACCACCCCCUCCACCACUACAGCCGGCACCAUCUAGAUUACACCAGCAGCAACGACAGCAAAUAAAUUCCGAAAUGACGGACGCUACGGACUCCAACGGUAACUCGCUUGAGUCGGAAAUUGAAACAUCCUCGAAUGAAAAACCUCAGCGUACUGCCAAGGUCGUUGCCAUCCUUAGUCUUGAAUCUAAGAGCAGUAGCAGGUCAAGCAGCAGUUCCAACAAUCAGCAUAGCCUCAGCCCAUCUCAGAGAGCAAGACAGCUUAACUCUGAGAAUUCCGCUAUGAAUCACCCGAAGUCGCCCAGGUCUGGUAGGGCUAUGAACGUUAACAAAACUUCAACUACCAGUAGCAGAGACGACAACAGCAGCAGUCAAACUAUAACGAUGAUCGACCUGGAUGACGAUUCCGAAUCUGAGCACGGCGAAUCCGUUGCAAACGACUUUCAACGAAUUGGUAAACGGGUAUCGCGUACACGACUGAGUACCCAGCUAUGUACGAAAUCAUCAAUGAACAGCUUUCACAAGUCCUCAUCCGCUAAAGAGAUCCAAAUGAUUGAGAUCGACGAUGAUGAAGAUGAUAGAAUACCGUUAAAAAAAUCUCGUAGUAGUGCAUCUACUCUUGCCUCGACCGGUACGGCCGAUAAGCUUAGUAACAGUAACCCCGCGUCUUAAGACGAGAAUGACUGAAUGGUCGUCGCAAGCGCGUUCGAGGAACUGGGACAGCUCAGCGUUCGAGAGCUACUCUUACUCCGAUGACUUAGCGCUAGUGACGAUCUAUAUAUUAUAUAUUAUGUAUUAUACAACACAACAAAUGACGUACGCGUUGCAUAGAAAUUUAUAUUUAGUUUUAAAGAAAAUCGUACGUUCUCGUGCCAGCGUUCUCAUACAUUUGAGAUGAGAAGUAAUGAGAAUGAAAAAUAGCUUUGGGGAUACGUUCUCUCAUUUUAUUUUGAAAACUUGAUAGCAGGAGGAGAGGGGAGACGAUUAUCCUGUAUGUACAUAAUGACAAAUAUGAAUCAGUAGCUUUUAAGAUUGAAAUAAUUCCGAAAAAGCGAGCGAGUGAGUGAAAAAAAGUUCACGUGGGAAAAAACAAGUUUAAAACGAGAAUGUCUAGUGUUUCUAAUUAAGCGUCUUUCAGUUCGUAAUUGUUUUUUUUUCUUCUUUUUUUUUAUAUUUUGCGCGAAAUUUCUUAACCAGAUGCUCCCGUAAACGCGUUUAGAUAUUUAAGUUAUUUUAUAAUUUAUAUUUCGUGAUACAACAAACAAUAACUAAACUCAUGACUGUAUUAUAUUAGUUGUGAAACUCACUGCAAGCCGAAAAUGAGUUAAAAACGAUAUGAAAAAUGUUGUAUAACGAUUUUGUUAUGCAUGUCGCGCAGUAUAAAACUAGAUGUUGAUGCUCUUAUAGGUGGCACUCGAUUUUAAGGGUUGCAGAUAGCAAUAUCUCAAAAUUUAACAAAACACAACAAACGAUGACUGCAUACGCGAUGCUCAUACACAAUUAACAUAAUCACACCUACAUUACCGAAACGCAUUCAUCAUUCAUGCAUUCAUACACUAUCGAUAACAUAGCAUCGUGUAUUGUUCUAUCGAAAGACCUACUUUAAUUGUUUUUUUCCGAAACCGUACGAUUGUCCAUCCUGUAGAUGGGAUGUGUCCUAUUGUAAUUAAUAAGAAAAAUGAGAGCGACUAUAUAUAUAUAUAAUUAUUAAGUUGCGUGCCUGUAUUUUGUAUGAUCGAAUGAGUCCUUAAAAAGGAAAUAAAUGAAAUAUUCCUUGCUAUGAACAAAAAUAA